AUGUCCGAAACUACUGGUGCGCCUCCGCGCGGUACAGGACGAGGCCGACCCAGGGGGAGAUCGCGAGGAGGAAGGUAUAAUGGCCCUGCUCGACCUAUGCGUCGCGACGGACCACCCGCCAGGUCUGAAACUCUGACAGAACCACCUACAGACUCUCCCGACGUAACUCCGGCUCCGAAAACCACAGAAGGUCCUACCCCGGUUCCCAGCACGAAUCCACCGGUCGAAAGGUCUGGGAGGGGCCGAGGUUCUAGGAAUUUCCGACGAGGAGGCCGCUCGGAACCGAGACCACGACCAGAUAAGCAGCCUGCACGAGACGCCCAUACUACUCCUACCCCGCGUGAGCCGAGCAUGGAACCUGACUCAUCGAGCUCCUACUCUUCGUCAGUUCAGACGCCCACCCACCCUCACUCGACCCUUGCUCCAGACGAGCCUUCCCCGUCACAUUCACAACCCGGCGAGCCAAGGAACAAAGGAAAGGCGCCAGAAAUCCAAGAACCCCAUGUUAGCUUGGAUCAUUGGGCGGAAAGUGCACCAGACGAAGAGAUGUGGAAGCCGGAUGACAGCUGGGAAUCUAGCAUCUCCACAACCUCUAUUAUCCUCGGUAGUCCUGCCUUUUCCAAGGCUACCCCUUCCAAAGCUCUCUCUUCCGGUGGCGCUACCCCUUCCAAUGAACCUGCCGGCCCAGCUCACCCCAUCCAGCCACCAAUAGAAGAUUCCCCUACGUUCAUGCGCCGAGUGGGGCUCGCAUAUGUGCUUCUUGGUCCGGGCGCUAGUGUUCAAGCAGUGUUCACCGACGCCGAGUCGCCAUGGGUCAUGCUCUCUAACCUUCCUCGACACAUACGAAAACACAACUUGUACAAUCUUCUUGCUGCUUUUGGCCCAACACGAAGUGUCAGGAUCUACGAACCAAGAAGAGAGACCAGGUACCUCGCAAGCGCCCGUAUCUUGUUCGAACGCCACGAGCAGGCAAGGUAUGCUGUGGACCAUUUGCAAGGGCAGAUGCUUUUGGGGCGGCCAAUAGUGGCUCGGCUGGACACCGAUGCGUCUGGCGGAUUUCGUUCAAAGCAUAUUCCAGGAAUAAACGAUGACUCCGCAGCGCCCCCCGCAAAACCUGAAAGCUCUCUAAUCGCAAACGAUCCAACGGCCAUCAUCAAAAGUGCUACGGUCAAAGUCACCUGGUUUGCGCCAACCUCGACGGUCUACGUCACAUAUGCCACGGCCAAAUACGCAAUGGAAAAGGUCAAGGAGAUGAACGGCCGGACGUUUAUGAACCGGCGAGUCAAUAUGACCCCCAUGUUCCCGGAAAAAGAGAGCAACUCGGAGAACGCCAGAGAACAAGCAAGGGAGGCUGGAGGGUACAUGGUUCGUAUCACCGGUCUCAUGGGCGACCCCGAGAUGGACAAGCUGCGCCGAUUUGUGCGAUCCAACGAUGUCGUCGUACAUCCGAAUUACUCAUCCGAAGCUGGGUUGCCGAAGCUACGAGAAGAGCUGGCGGACGUUGCCCCCCUCGAGUCGUUCCGCUUGAUGCCUAAUCGGCGGGAUGACCUCAAGUUCCAUGCCAUGGCGCAGUACACCACUCCCGCCGCGGCUGCGGCUGCCGUCAAAGUCUUCGAAGGCCGAAAGGGCGAUUAUCUCGGUAAUUCUCCAAUCUGGGUUUCGAGGCAUUUAACGGUCCGGUACUCUAUUUCAUCCAAGCUGGCCGAGGUCCUUCAAGGGGAGAUCAAUAAACUACACUCGUGGGCGAUCGAUGAUCCCGAUCUGUACGUCCGCCAAACGGAGGAUCAACAUAAACCCGGGUUCAUCCAGCUAUUGCUCGCCGGGAACGACACCAGGCAACUGGUCGCCGCCAAGUCUCAGCUCGACCAAGAAGGCGCAUCGUUUUUGGAGAGUGUGGCCAAGUCAUGCAAGAUCUGCGCACGGGCGGACAAGCGCACGAACUCGAUCCUGUUGUUUGGACCUCGAUACGCGAGGGAAGAGGCCAGCCAACAAUUGCGGGCCAAACUCGUUAGCCAUUCCCGUCUACGUCGUAUCGUGCGUCUCCAAAAGUCCGUGUUCACGCGUUUAGCAAAGGGCGGCAUCACAAUCCUCCGUGAUCUCGUGGGCAAGGGGAGCCUCUACGUUGACCUUUUGGACGAGACCUUGACGUUUUAUGGUGACGACGAAGUCGUUCGGCGCGUUCAACAGGCGCUUGAUCUCAUGUAUUCAGAAACCGGCUCCAAACUCCGACGCAAGUCAGACUGUGUAGUAUGCUUCUGCCGUCCCGAGAAGGCACUGUUGUUUUCGUGCGGACAUCAUUACUGCAAGAGUUGUUUCUCGCAGUACGUAGCAUCGGCUGCAGAGAAUCGGACCCUUCCCUUGUUGUGCGUUGGCGACGGGUGCAAGGCUCCCAUACCUCUUUCGAUGAUCACGCUACAUGCGAACCAACCGGACCAAGAAGCUUUAUUCUAUACUGCGUUCCAGGCGUAUGUCACGGCCCACCCCGACCAGUACCGAUACUGCCCCACUCCAGAUUGCCAAUACAUUUAUCGCGUUGGGCCCGAAGACGCAACGGUGCAAUGCAGGCUCUGCCUCUCGAAUAUAUGCACUCAUUGCCAUGUCGAACAGCACGAGGGGAUCACCUGUGCGGAUUACAAGGCCUCGCAUGACGAUUCCGAAAUCCAAAGGUCCUUUGACCGGUGGCGAGCAACGCACAACGUCAAGCCGUGCCCCAACUGCUCGGCGCCCAUCGAAAAAAUCGCAGGGUGCAAUCAUAUGAUGUGCUCUGCCUGCAGAACGCACAUGUGUUGGGUUUGCUUGGCCGGAUUCGCAAAAGGCGACGAAGUAUACGAUCAUAUGCGUAAAAAACACGGCGGGAUCGGGCUAUAA